AUGGCAUCUAGACAAAUGGCCACCAUGGGAGGGACUAGAGCUGGUCCAUCAAAUUGGAGGAUGGCAGGGACUCUGUUUUUGGUCGGCGCCGUGCUCGUGUCCAGUGCAGUGCUGGGGAGCAAGGGACAGAGUGCCGAAACGUCUACCAAUACCUGCACAAAAAGGGCCGCUAACCAGGGCAUAUCCGUUGCAGUUGAUACCGUAACCAGGAAGGUUACAUUUGUAUGCGAUACUGGAAUCAACAAUGUGUUGCCGUCGCCCAGUGAGACAAGACUCGCCAAGUAUUAUGCGGGCCCAAAUCUUGAGGAUGAGGAGGAGUUGGAGACGCUUUUUGGCCAAGGGUCGCAAGCCACUAUCACACCCUCACAAAGAAUCUCCGGCGGCCAAUCAACAGUCACGCUGGCACUGGGAAAGCUCCCCGAAACAAAGCAAGUCAUCUACUUCGGCUGCAGCGACAAGGCGGCGUCUGAGGGGGUAGGAGCACCUGCACCAGGCGGCCCUGGGGUGGUUGGAAGAGGCAAAGAAACAAAAUGCGUUGUCACAGUGACCGUUCCCGCUGAUCCAGAUGCCAGCAUGGUCCCAGAGCUUGCCAAGCAAGAAGAACUCGCGCCGUUUUCAAUGAAGCGCAGUCGCCCACACCAAUUGGCAUCAGCACUUAUUUUUUUGCUCGCUUGUCUGCUGCUUUGUAUUCCUGUAUGUCAUCACUCUCGCUGGCGCUCCUCGCGUAUGCCUGCAGCGUGCACUGUUGCGAAGGAGAACAUGAAUCUCGAGAUCAACAGCGAAUCCAAGACCGCUUCUUUCCGAUGUGACACAGACAUUGCCACGCUGUCUCCACGCACCGCCACGAAUAUAUUCGAUGAAUCAUGUGAGAAUGAAGUGACUCUGGCAGAAAAGCUGCCAUCUGCCUCGCUGACGAACACGAACUCGGGCUACCAGUUCACUGUAGAGGAACUGCCUGAGCCUGCAGCCACAUUCUGCUACAAGUGCUCCGCUGCUUCUGCUUCUGGCACGAGGGCGUCUCCAGAACAAAGUCAGAAUGCAAUUGCAUGCUACGUGAAGAUAAAAGUUUCAGCCGCUAAUCUCGACAGUGCUGCCCUGAUCUCUGCAAGAACAUUGUCAGUGCCUGCUCUCUUUUUGGGGUUGGCUGCUGCAGUACUCUUCGCUGCGGCCGUUUUUUAG